CUCCCUACACUGCUAACAGUUUUUCGAUUCUCUGAUGUAUCGAGCUAAGUAUAUGCACUUGGCUUUAUCAUUUUCUCGAUAUAAUGGGUCGAUCGCUUGUCCAUCGUUUGCAGGCAUAAUAAAUUUGCUUCGUGAAUAGGAGCCACACAUAUUCCUCCAGGGCGCCAUCUAGUGAUGAACAGCCGAAUGACCUGCUCUUGUUUGCUACUAACGGACAAUAAGUAAUAUUUACUCUACGGACCAUCGCCUAAAACCUCAAUAAUGAAGUUAGUUGCAUGUUUCAGCUUCAUUUGUGUGUGUGCCAUUUCAUUAAGUGGAAAAGCUACAGGCCUGAGUGACAUCUUCUGCCCGCCUGAUUAUCAUCACUGCGAUGGCACGCUGUACUGCUGUCCAUCUGGUUACAUUUGUAUAGGGUCAUCCACAUGUCUUCACCUAGCUGUCAUUAUCGGUCCUAUCGUUGGCCUGGUGGUCCUCAUAGCCUGUGUGGUCGUCUGCUGUAUCUGCUGCAGACGAAGACGGUCAACGCCUGGUGUGGUAUACAGUCCUACACCCCAGGGAUAAAUGUAAACAUGUGUGUUAGUUAAUAUGUAUGCAAAACAAGACUUUGUAGGAAUUUAUGUAUUUACUAAAUGUGAUCUUGCCUUUCUUAUUAUACCUUUUAGAUAAGACUCUAUACAUGUAUUUCUAGCUGACUUUUGUAGCUAUCAGCUUAACUGAUCAAAGUUCCUGACAUCUAUAUGCAUAUUGUAUCUAUACAAUAUUCGGUUUCUCAAUAUUUUCGUCCGAUUUGUGUAUGGUGAAUGUGUAAGAAUUAUGUUUCCUUUUGGUAUUGUUGCGCAUGCUUUUGCCUUAUCAUUGAAUGGCAGGUGAGCGUAAUGGCCUUUUUACUUAUUUUUAUAUUUUUAUUUGGUGCUAUAUACAUUCAUGCGGGUGAUUAAUUGAUUGAAUUCAACCAAUUAUUUAACUUUUGGAAAUUUACAUUAGUGCAAAAAUACGAUGUUUAGCAUCAGUUUUGAUGGAAGUGCUUAAUAAAAUGUAUUUUCUUUUAAAUUUGUCAAAAUCAAAGUAAUUUUCUAAUAUUAUACAUAAUGAAGAGAUUGUUAUAACCUUUUAUUUGAAUAUUUGUCAUAAAUUCAAUAUACUUAU